ACACAUCACACUCUCACAUUCGUGCGGGGAAACACGCGCAACGCAUUCUUCGUCCGUCAGAGAGCCCCUCCACCAAUGCGCUUGUCGGCUCUGCGCAUCCCAUUAGCGUUGCCGCUCAUCCCGGGCGGGCUCCAUUGUCCUGGAAAUAAAGACGCAAAACACAUCAGGGCAGCAGCUUCAGCAUCAUCAUCAUCAUCAGCGGAGACAGAGAGACACAGAGAGAUACGGGCCAGCAGCAACAGACGGGGAGACAGCUGUAGAUAGGCGCAGCCCCAAGAGAACAGCAACCACCACACCCCCAUCUACACACGAGGCAGCAGCAGCAGGAGGAGGAGGAGACGGAGGAUUAAGAGGAGGAGGAGGAAAAGGAGGUGCAGGUCGAAUUGGAGAACAGCAGAAGCGGGAGGAUGUGAAGGAGGUGCAAGGCACGAGGGAAUAGUUUUAGAGCAAGGAGGAAGAGGUGAAGGAGCCAGGAGCGAUUCAAUAAGAGGCGGUGAAUGAAUGGGGAGCGAGAUACGAAACUAGAGGUUGAAGGAGGAGGGGGCAAAAUAAUAUAGGAAGAGGUGAAGGUGGAGGAAGGCAAGACGGAAGAGAAGGUCGAGGUGCGAGAGGAGCGUAAAGAAGGGGAGGAGGUGAAGGGGAUAGGCAGGAGGAAGAGAAGAGGAACGAGAAGCAGAAAGCGGAGGAAGCGCUCGCCCAGACGGGAGGGACUUCAACGAGGUGGAAGCGUUAGGAGGAGGGGACGGCAAGCGGAGGAAUAGGAGGAGGUAGUGGGAAGGGAGGGUGACCAAAGGUGCAGAGCCGAGACAAUGCUGCCAUAGAAGCUGAGGAGGAGGGCUGAGAUGAGGUUUCGUCUCAAAAAAAGGAACAAACAGGAGCCACUCUCACCCUCCACGUUCUGUUCAUCAUCGUCAUCUUCAUCAUGAGCUGGAGGGCUGCAUAGUGGGGCUGUGGCUGAAUGGGAAGCAUGGCGAACGAGCCGGUGGUGCUCAAUGUGUACGACAUGUACUGGAUGAACGAGUACACCUCCACCAUUGGCAUCGGCAUCUUUCACUCGGGCAUCCAGGUGUACGGGCGAGAGUUUGCGUACGGGGGCCACCCGUACCCAUUCAGCGGCGUGUUCGAGAUCGUUCCUGGAGACGUCGCAGAGCUGGGGGAGACGUUCAAGUUCAAGGAGGCGAUCAUGCUGGGCACCACCGACUUUGCGGAGGAGGACGUCGCCCAGAUUGUGGAGGAGCUGGGCAAGGACUUCAAAGGCAACGCCUACCACCUCAUCAACAAGAACUGCAACCACUUUACCGCCGGCCUGGCCGAGAUCCUGUGCGGCAGGGAGAUCCCGCGCUGGGUCAACCGCCUGGCGCACGUGAGCUCCUGCAUCCCCUUCCUGCGCAGCCUCCUGCCCCGCGAGUGGCUGAUGCCGGCCGCACUGCAGAGCAGCCUCUCGCGCUCGCAGCUGUGCUCCGAGUCGAGCUCCGGCCACACGCCGCCCCCGCCGCCGGCAGCGCCGCACCCGGGGCACCGCGGCGAGCCGCAUGUCGGCGCCACAGCCGGCGCUACCGCCGGCGCCGCCACGGCCUUCGCGUUCCCUCCGCCGUCGGCGCCGUCGUCGGCGUCGUCGUCGUCGGCGGCGGGCGCCGGCCACGUGCACUCGCAGGCCGGGCAUCGCCACGCGCACCCCACGGGAAGCGGCAACCAGGGAGGCUCGGGCAGCAGCCGCUCGUACCGCCAGACAAGGGUGUAGGGUCAGGGUUUGAUCUGCGUCGCGGCGGUGGAGUCGGCGUUCCCUCCGCGGACGCGGUUCUCUGCGAUUUAAACCCCGGGAUUUUGUGAGCUAUGCGCCAGCCCUGCGCUGCCGUUCACGCCAAACGAGUCGGAGUCUCAACGGUCAACCGAGCGUGGGGCAGCGUGCACCUCUGUUGGAGGUCCAAAGCCGGUGUUUGAAACUCAGCAUUGCGACGGCGGGAGGCAGCCCCCUGCUGCGGUGUCAGGUUCGAAGCGGGCACAGGGAAGAGCCCCAGCUAGAGUUCUUUGUGUCGAAAUGCCGAAGCGAUGCGACCAGAGGCAGUCGCAACGCAGUGACAAACCGAGCCCACGGAGUCAAACCGUUCCCCGCGCAGAUGGAACACAAAGAGGGUCUGGGCAUCAUCUUCGAUUUUACAGUGCCAUCUGAGUAAUAUGGACCUCUUUCACCACUUGGGGACGUAGAGUGAUGUUUUUUUUUAUCUUACAUUUCCUAAAAAGCGCCGCUGGCACCAAAAGAAAGCCAAUUUGUGAUCUGUUUUGCAGAGAUUACCGCAAAACCUGUGCAGUAUGCGUGCUUAUGACACCUUACAGUGGGACUCUCCAACAAUGAAUUUCAAGAACAACUCAAUUUCUAACCACUGUGGAGUGAAUUGGAAUCUUAAAUGCCUUCAAGAAGCACGAGUGGCAAGAAUCAGUCGCAUGCAAUCUUGACGAACAGAAACGAAUCUGUUCCUACGCGCACGAUUCCACGCGCGUAUCAUCACCGAAAUUAUUUCAAUCCAUUGUACUUAAUGCAUCGUUAGAUGCUUAAAAUUGUAGGGUUUAUCUACUUUUAAUACGAAUCUACUGUGUGCAAAGCAGAGGAAUAGUAACAAACAAAAAUGCAGAGCGGUGUCUGAACUCAUUAGCCAAGGGGUGGCUGGGUGGUCUGGCAGAAAUUAACCCAUUCACCACUUAAGCUGCUUUACUGCUUUUUGUGUUUCGUUUGUUGCCCUUCCCCCGCACCUUCCACAAGCACGGUUGCAUGCAUGCAUGCAUGUUGAACUUCUUUCGCACUGAACGUCGCCAACCGUGCUCAUCAGAGGUGUGUGGAAGGACGUCAAACUUACACACAGAAAAGAGUUCUGAAGAAAAUAGUUUUUUCAGUCGAUAUUUUAAAGUCGCACAGCUCCUGUGGUUGGCUACGUGAAGUGCUAAAUAAGUUCAACAUAUAUACAUACAUACAAGCUCUACCGGUCACAAUUCUGGACCGAGAUGUAGUGGGAACCUACAGGUACGAUGAUAAUGACAGCACACUGCAAUGACAUCGUCCCAAUUCAACAGUGACCUUAAGCUCACGUUAUUGUCCUGGUUAAACAGGGUGAUCCAUUUAAAUAUACCCAUCUAAAACAAUAGGUAGAAUUUAUACGAAAAAGCGACGUUGUCAUUCAAAGCCUCCGCACGUCUCCGGCAGAUCCCGGUGCGCUCUUCACAUCCUGCAACACUCUCCCGAAGCACUCCGUACAACAUAGCCGCCAAUUCAAAUCUAGAAAUGAGCACAGGCCGGGGCAGACAAACCGGUGUAACACUCGCGGAUGCGUAUUGCGUGUACAAACGCCUUCAGCCCUUACGCGAAACCACCAGUUCCAAAAGAACUGCACGCGUACGGUUGUGCUCGACCACCAAUUAAAAUUCCGGCCGCAUUUCUCCCCAGCGUCGUUGAGCUUCUGUGGGCGCAAUGCGCAUCUUCACGCGUGUUGUGAAGACACAGAUGCUGUGAUUUGCUCAACAUUUAAUGAUGCGAAGGCCGAGGUGACACCACCGCUCCCCACACCCUCACACCCACGCAGGGGCCUUUGAUGCGACCCCACAAGGAAACAUAAAAAGCCAGUGGGGUUACAUCGGGCGAAGCGCGUGGGCCAUCCAAUUGUCCCACCAGGGCCAAUCCACCAGACAGGACGUCUCUUAUAACCCAAUCACGUAGAUUGCACGAGACCAGUCCUUAGAAUUUAGUGGGGAUAUCUAUACAUGGAAUAACACCGCACCUCCGAUUAGCCUGGUUGGCUACGUACGGUGCGAAAGAAGUUCAACGUACACACCGUGUGUGUGGGUGUCAAGUAUCAUGGCCAAAUGUGUCUGCGAUUAACGAGCUGGUCCAGAAGAUUGCGUUGCGGGGCCAUCUUCCGAACGAGUCGCGUGUUUGCUCAGUGGCGCGACACCGAUCGUUUAAAUCAUGAGACGUUUCGUUUUUUUCUUAAGCUCAGACAGUAAC